AUGUAUGGAACGAUGAGCAAGUUGCUCACAGUCGUCGCUUGCCUGGGGUUAUUGCAGCCAGGUCUUGCAUAUCGACAAGGAGUAACUCACGACGGCUCCUGGGAACCCGAAUAUGUCCUCAUAGCAACAUCACAAAAUAUUACAGUCAAUUGCCAUUCUCGAAAAUCAGUAGUCUUCAAUGGCACAUCACCUGGACCGGCGAUACACAUGGUAGAAGGAAAGACGACAUGGGUUAGAGUGUAUAAUCAGAUUCAAAAUGACAAUCUCACAGUGCACUGGCAUGGACUUUCGCAAAGAACGGCGCCAUUCUCGGAUGGCACACCUCUGGUGUCGCAAUGGCCCAUUGCCCCGAACGAAUACUUUGACUAUGAAAUCCACCCCGAGAUUGGCGAUGCUGGUACCUACUUUUACCACUCGCACGUUGGCCUCCAAGCCUUGACUGCCCACGGCCUAUUGAUUGUCGAUGGGGCGAAUGACACAGAACCAUACGAAUAUGACGAUGAAAUUCCUCUCGUACUUGGUGACUUUUUCCCGACUGAGGAUGAGGCACUAAUCGCAGGACUAGUGGCCAAUCCCUUCAAGUGGUCAGGAGAGACGCAAGCAUUAAUUCUCAACGAUCGCUCUGGCAAUGCAUCAUUUAGUGACGCAACUGAUCCAUCGUGCACCCCGUACGUGAUGACGGUCGAACCGGGCAAGACAUAUCGACUUCGUUUUGUCGGUGCAACGGCGCUAUCUUUUAUCAUGCUGGGAAUAGAAGGUCAUGCCAAUCUGACUAUUAUCGAGGCCGACGGUCAAUACACCAAGCCCGUCGCCACCGAUCACAUCCAGAUUGGAAGUGGCCAACGCUUCAGCGCAUUGCUCAAGACAAAGACACAGGAAGAGCUGGACGCGGAUGGCAAGAGCUCAUACUGGAUCCGCUACGAGAACCGUGAUCGUCCUGCCAACGUGUCUGGCUACGCUCUCUUGCAGUACACCCGUGGCGGUUAUCCUCAACUUCCUCCUGCAAUCUUGCCCAGCGAAUCUCCCGUUCAACUGACGAGAAAUCUCUCCGAGUAUACAAAGUGGUUGGAGUAUUCUCUAGAGGCGCUCAACCCGCUAGAGACCUUUCCAACCCUUGACGAGGUGACGCGAACGGUUUAUAUCCAGCUGAAUCAGCAUGUCGUCGAUGGUUUCUAUAAUGGAAGCGUGAAUGGAAAGCUGCAAUGGGACUCCAAUAAUCUGACCUGGACGGAGGAGAGUCUCGAAGUCGACCACUUUACGCCGUACUUGGUAUCAGCCUAUACCCAGGGGACUGUUCCGGACUAUGAUGCCGCAAUCGCCAACGGCGGAUGGGAUCCUGCCACGCGAGCAUUCCCUGCACGUGUCGGUGAGACCCUCGACAUUGUCUGGCUCAGCAAUUCGGGACCUACUGGCGGGUUCGACUCUCACCCAAUGCACGCGCACGGCGCUCACUUUUUCGACCUUGGCUCGGGCAAUGGAACGUACAAUGCCACUGAAAACGAGAAACAGUUCUCCGGUUACACUCCAGCCCGGCGGGACACGACGCAGCUCUACCGCUAUGCCACCUCGGGCCAAGCUAAUCACACCAUGGGAUGGCGAGCAUGGAGGCUCCGUGUGACCGAGGACAAUGUCGGCGCGUGGAUGAUGCAUUGCCAUAUCCUUCCGCACAUGGUCAUGGGAAUGCAGACAGUCUGGGUGUUUGGCAAUGCCACCGAGAUCAUGAGCGAGAUACCACAGCCAUAUAUCAACGGCUACCUAGAGUACGGGGGAAGCGCUUAUGGUAAUGAUAGUUCUGACCCAUUAGUUGUGCCGUAUUAUGACGAUUAG